AUGCAAACAGCAAUACCAUCGGAUGGAUAUAUAGACAUAGAUCGAGAUCAAGGAAUUCCGCCGCCAGGUCGACUUCCUGCCAGACGCCCACCACCUGUACCAGCAGCAUUUACACCUAGCAGAAAUGGGCCCAGAGAGAUGGUGCCGGAACCUCUGCCUUCAUGGCCUCUACCUGAGAAUAUUGAACGAAGAGAAAUGAACAGGUUCCCGGUUAACCCUUCUCCCCCUAACAGGCCAACGCCUCAGAGGCCACCAAGACCAUCGGGAGCUUUCAAUGUUCCUCCAACCAUGGAUUCCUCAAGGAUGCCAGAAUACUCCCCAGAAUACUCGUAUCGCCAACCCGUUCCUGCUGCGUUGGAGUAUCAAUACGAGGAACCUCCACGGUCUUAUAUGCAGGAUUUCGCUUCGCCCUCUACUUUAGGGAGGUCCUCCGCUUCACUCACAGACCCUUUUAGUUCGCCCGAGCUCUCCCCCGAUACUAGGUCUUAUCUACAAAUGAAUCAAUACCUUGGACCUCCUUCCGCUCGUCGAGGGGCAAGCUCGUUCUAUGCAACUCAUCCCAAUAUAUCACCCAUUCAAGAAGAGCAUUCAGAUGGAUCUUUCCGAAAACCAAUGUCAUAUGCGUCAAGUAAAGUCAUACCUUCGAGUUGGGGAACAGCUCCUUUGGGAGAAUUCCCCGAUUCCUCAAGGGAGUCAUUUGCCAAUGGCACAGACGAAGAUAUCGGCCUCGUGCGCCAGGCGAGUUUGGGAAAACGGGCAAAACCUUCUCUUUUAACGAUUAAUAAAAGCCAAACUAGCCAAAACGCAGAGCAGGAGAGUCGCCGCAUGAAAGCAGAAAACGGCGGGGGUAAGCAAAUGAAUGCCAUUGGCGCUAGCCCUGGUAUACAAGGGGUUAGAGGCAUCGCCCCCAACACCACGGAUACAAGUACCCCAUUUGGGAACCAACAACCUCUUCCAUUCAGCCCGCAAAUUCAAACUCGAUUUAGCUCUGAGUCUUCUUCGUCCGAUGCGUCUUUUGAUGAUUUAGAAAAGCCGCCAAUUCUAGCUACAAGAUACCCGUUUCCCGGUUCGGAGGAGGACCUAAGACAGCUUGACCCUAAUAGCGACAAAAAUUCGGCUGCUCAUUCAAGCCUAAGCAAAAGUGACUUGAAAAGACCGCCUCCGCUCAACAUCGAUGCAGUUCGAGACGCUGAAGCCAGAGGCAGCCUUACAAGCCUUCCGGAUCUUAUCCGCCGUGCUACGAAGCUCGCUUCAAAUUUGGACCGUGGAAAGACGGCAAGCAAAUUUGGUGUCCUUGAUAUGAUCAGUGGGAACGCUGAUACGAACAACACGCGCAAAAGAAAUUCAGGUUCUAUUUCCGAUAUCUUAGCUUCCUUCCCUCCCCCAGGUCCAAUUGCUACUUCAGUUGCUGGUUCGCGAGCCUCGAGGAUGUUUGAAAAUCGUGCGCGCGCAAACCCGAAUCCUCCCCCUGCCAAUCCAGAAGAGUCGCGACCAGCUGACCGCUGCUGCGGAAUGUCACGUUGCGCAUUCAUUUUAAUAAUCAUUAUCUUAUUCGUCCUUAUAUCCUCAGCCGUGAUUAUCCCUGUAGUACUGAUUGCCCUUCCCCGGCAACAGGACAGUGGACGACCAGCAAACUCAACCCUGUCAGGCGAGUGUCAGAAAUCCUUUCCUUGUUUGAAUGGCGGUGUUAGCAUUGGUAAAGAAGGCUCCUGUGCGUGCGUGUGUGUGAACGGGUUUAGGGGGCCUAGAUGCGCCGUAGUUGGCGACAGCAGUUGUGCUACGAUAGAUAUCAGCCGAGAGUAUCGAAACGCGACUGUUGGCAACGCAAUGCCACGACUAUUUGACCAAUCCCAGGCCAAUUUUACCAUUCCAUUGAACGCUUCAAAGCUCCUGGGCUUGUUCAACAAAGAGGACUUGUCCUGUACUAGCGGGAAUGCUUUAGUCACCUUCAACGGUGCGAACAGAAGAAGGGAUCUUGGUGACUCUGACUCUAGCCUUCAGGGCAUGAUUCGAAACAAUGGCAAGAGGGCUCAUCGCCGUCACGGCCUUGCUCCUGUCUCGAAAGUUACUCGUGAUGAAGCCACCCAGGUCCAACCACAAGCAAAUCAAGCAAGCCCAGUUCCAAUACCGCCGAAAACCUUAGAUUUUGCCCGUAUCUCUGUCCUAUUUGUCUUUGAGCAAACCGAAGAGCUUCGCAAUGCCACGGCCGCACAUGACAGAAUUCAAACCUUUUUGAGGGUGCAAAGCGGUGACCUCAGGAAUGCGGAAAAUAAUCCCAUGGAUUUGAGAUAUGAUAAACAGUCUUUCACGCUAAACUUUAGGGAUUUCACGAUUCGAUUGCGCAAUGGGACAGUUGUUGGUGGGAAUCAAGCCCCAAAGCUAUGA